AUGUUAUCCUACCUGCGGAAGAAGCUCAACAUUCCCCUGGCAGACCACCAACACCGCCGGGCACGGCUGGUGUCCAAGGACGGAAGAUGUAACAUUGAGUUUGGCAAUGUGGAAGAGCAAUCCAGGAUAGCCUUCUUGUCAGAUAUCUGGACCACUGUUCUGGACUUAAAAUGGAGGUACAAGAUGACCGUUUUCAUUUCAGCUUUUCUGGGGAGCUGGUUUCUUUUUGGACUGCUGUGGUAUGCUGUUGCCUACCUGCAUAAGGACCUCCCUGAGUUUAACCCCUCGAUUAACCACACCCCAUGCGUGGAAAAUAUCAAUGGGUUGACUUCUUCCUUUCUCUUCUCUCUGGAAACCCAAGUGACUAUUGGCUAUGGGUUCCGCUGCGUUACAGAGCAAUGUGGCACAGCAAUAUUCCUACUGAUAAUUCAGUCCAUUCUGGGGGUAAUCAUUAACUCCUUCAUGUGCGGAGCUAUCCUAGCCAAGAUCUCAAGACCAAAGAAAAGGGGCAAAACAAUAACCUUUAGCAAAAAUGCAGUCAUUAGCAAGAGAGGGGGGAAACUUUGUUUGCUUAUUCGAGUGGCAAACCUACGGAAGAGCUUGCUGAUAGGCAGCCAUAUUUACGGAAAGUUGCUGAAGACCACAGUAACACCAGAAGGGGAGACUAUUAUUCUGGACCAAGUAAACAUAGAAUUCCUAGUGGAUGAAGGAAAUGAGAAUCUGUUCAUUGUUUCUCCGCUGACAAUCUACCAUAUCAUUAAUAAAAACAGUCCCUUCUUUGAGAUGUCAGCUGAGACAAUGCUUCAACAUGAUUUUGAGCUGGUGGUUUUCUUGGAUGGAACAGUUGAGGCCACAAGCGCUACUUGUCAGGUGCGAACAUCCUACAUCCCUAAUGAAGUGCUAUGGGGAUUUCGAUUUGCACCGAUUGUAUCGGAAACCAACGAAGGCAAAUAUCGUGUGGACUUCAGUAACUUCAGCAAGACAAUUGAGGUGGAGACUCCACAUUGUGCUUUUUGCCUCUAUAAUGAGAAGGACGCUAAAGCAAAGCUGAAGAGGGGCUACGACAACCCAGCCUUUAUCGCAAUAAAUAUAUCGGAAACCGGGGACACUAACGAGACUAAAAUGUAA